AAUCUCAAAAAUUGCUGUCUACCGAUAUGUUUACGUUAAAUUUAAAUAUUUAUCUUCGUGUAAUGAUCCACAGAUGGCGUAAAAUUCAAAGGCAAGUAUGCAGUCUAUCAAUUUAGUUAACUCUUAAAUUCAUCGAAUCAAGUAUUCGUCGUAAACCGUAGUUUUUUUAAUCGAAUUUUUUACUAGAUCGUGAAAAAUGUUAAGAAAAAGUAAACUUGUAAUAAAAAAUAUUAAUUCAAUCAAUCGUCAUUAUUUUAAAGAAUCUUGUAUUAUUGGCACAAAACAAGAUGUACAUUCACAAGAAUAUCAGGAAAAAUAUACCCAAAUGAAAACGCUCGUAGAUAAACUCAAAAUGACCGUGGGAAAAAUUGUAGAGGGAGGUGAUCAAAAAGCAAGAGAAAGACACGUGAAAGCCGGAAAACUGAUGCCUAGAGAAAGAAUCGAUCGUCUUCUUGACAGAGGUUCACCUUUUUUGGAAUUUUCUCAAUUAGCAGGAUACAAAAUGUACGAUGACGCAGAACUUCCUGCGGCCGGUAUCAUAACUGGGAUAGGAAGAAUUGAAGGAAAAGAAUGUCUCAUCAUAGCUAACGAUGCGACAGUUAAAGGUGGCACUUACUAUCCAAUCACAGCGAAAAAGCAGUUGCGAGCCCAAGAAAUAGCAGCUGAAAAUAAGUUACCUUGCAUUUAUUUAGUUGAUAGUGGUGGUGCUAAUUUGCCUAGACAAGCCGAUGUUUUUCCGGAUAAAUGGCACUUUGGUAGAACAUUUUAUAAUCAGGCAACUAUGAGUGCGGAUGGAAUUCCACAAAUUGCGGUCGUGAUGGGCAGUUGCACAGCUGGAGGCGCAUACGUACCUGCCAUGGCUGAUGAAAACAUUAUAAUUCGUGGACAGGGAACUAUAUUUUUGGCUGGACCACCCUUAGUUAAAGCAUCGACUGGAGAAGAAGUUACAGCAGAAGAGUUAGGCGGUGCUGCUCUGCAUUGCGAAACAUCUGGUGUUACUGAUCACUUUGCGCUAGAUGAUGAACAUGCACUGCAACUGACUCGCAAUAUCGUUUCAAACUUGAAUCAUCGACGAAUCUCUGAUAUCGAGAAAAAAAGUGAUUAUGAAACUCCAGCACAUGCAAUUGAUGAAAUUUACGGAAUUGUCGGAUCGAAUUUAAGAAAGCCAUUCAAUGUACGAGAGGUAAUUGCUCGUAUAGUCGACGGUUCAAUGUUCCACGAAUUUAAAGCUCGUUACGGCGAAACACUCGUUACAGGUUUCGCUCAUGUGCACGGUUAUCCCGUUGGUUUUGUAGCUAAUAAUGGCGUACUUUUUUCGGAAGCAGCCUUGAAGGGCGCACAUUUUGUCCAACUAUGUGCUCAGAGAAAAAUACCUUUGGUUUUUCUUCAAAAUAUAACGGGAUUCAUGGUAGGCAAAGAUGCAGAAGCUGGUGGAAUUGCCAAAAAUGGAGCUAAAAUGGUUACGGCUGUCGCUUGCGCUAAAGUUCCAAAAAUAACUUUCAUCAUUGGUGGAUCUUAUGGGGCCGGAAAUUAUGGCAUGUGUGGAAGGGCAUAUUCCCCAAGAUUUUUGUACAUGUGGCCUAACGCUAAAAUUUCAGUAAUGGGCGGUGAACAGGCAGCAAGCGUAUUAGCUCAAAUUACCAAGACAAAGUAUGAAAAAGCUGGUAAAGAGUGGACUGAAGAACAAGAGGAUAAAUUGAAAACCCCUAUAAUAAAACAGUUUGAAGAAGAAAGCAGUCCAUAUUACGCUAGUGCUCGUUUAUGGGAUGAUGGAGUCAUUGAUCCAGUAGAUACACGAAAAGUUAUUGCACUUAGUUUGUCAGCAGCCAUGAAUGCUCCUAUUCCUGAAACUAAAUUUGGGCUGUUCAGAAUGUAGCGAAGAUUGAACGAUAAUCUUAUAGCAAGAAUUUUUAUAUACACUAGUAUAAAACAAAGAUCAUCAUAAUGGUAAAAAUCCUUAUAAAAUGUAAAAAAAU